AUGGACCAGUUUCCUGUUCGAAGUGCCCGGCAGACUCGCCUUGGUCAACUCGCUGAGGAAUGUGGUGUUAUCGGCCAGCCUCCACCGUCGCCACUGCCCAAGCCAGAGCAAGCACCGUCCUACCUGACAGAUAAUGACGAGUUUAUCGCCGAAGAGGCCCUCAAGAGACAGCGCCAUGCCGAGUCACUGAAGCAGGCCAAGGGCGGCCUGUCACGCGCCUUUACGACCAAAAAGAAGACCUGGGAGUACAAAGAGAUAUACAGUGCCCUUGUGGAUCAUAUCGCAAAUCAGGGGUCGCCAGGCGUUGCCGAGGCUCUCAUCACGAAGCUAAACUUGGCUGGGGGCAACCUCAACCUCGCACAGAAGAGUCGGACCAGCUUGCUGAGUAGAAGGAAGAGCCUUGACUUGGGUGAGAGGAGCCACAUCCUUCAACUUGCUGUUAAGAAUGGACAUCUGGAGAUGGUCCAUGUUUUACUGCCCUAUGCCGACGCCUUGAGUCUGGAUACGGCGCUGCCAAAAGCAAUUCGAAACCGGAAUGAAGCGGUUGCCGAACUGCUCAUCCGGUAUGGCGCCAAUGUCCAAACCACCGAUGGGCAGGAAGCGUUUCGGCAAACCUGUGCGGUUGGCGGGCGGCCUGGUCUGAUUGCAAUUUUGCUUGGCUCGGAAGGACGGCCACCGGCGCCAUGGAUCUCGCAAUCCAUGGUCGAAGCCUCGAGGGCCGGGUGUCUGGAUACAGUGCUACAUCUCAGCCAGUCGACGGCAGACGGGAAUCACGAUGGAGCCGCAGCGCUGAAAGCCGCCGUUGGGCUGGGUCGGAGAGAUAUUGCCCUGGCUCUCGUGCUGGGUAAUAAGCCGCCACAGCAACCCGGUUUGAACGAGGCAUUUGGACAGCUUAUGGGCCACCAGAACAUCAAUCCGAACGAGAAGAUGGCAAUGGCCGAAAUCUUACUCUGUGCCGGCGCCGAAGGUGAUCUGGUGUCGCAAGCUCUGGGCCAGGCGAGUGCUACAGACUUCCUCGAGAUGGUACACUUACUAAUUUCGUAUGGGGCAUCAAUCGAAUAUCAGGAUGCGAUUGCCCUUCGAAAAGCUGUGUCAAGGGGCAAAACCGACCUCGUAGAGGUUAUGUUGAACGGAAAGUCCCCGUUGAGUGCCGCCUACGCCUCCGAAUGUGUUGAGUUACUACCAAAGAAGAUGAGGUUUGAGGACCGACACUCUUUUCUGAACCUACUGCUCAAGAAGGGUGCAUCGGGAACACCUUUGGACGAAGCCUUAGUAGACGCAUCGGAAGCUGGUGAUGUCGAGGCGGCAAGGCUGCUUCUUACGCCUCUCUUUUCAGGUGGGAAGAUUGUCGGAAAUCUGAACAUUAAGAGAGGACCACGGAGCAUGGUCUUCGAGCGACACGAGACGGCGUCCACAGACCACAAGGGCGCUCUGGCGUUAUCGAUCGCGGUUAAGAAAGGGGACGUCGAUAUUGCCAACCACAUCCUUACGGGCAAACCGCCGACACCUGUCGCCCUGGCUCAAAUAUUUCCCAGUACGAGAACGCUGCCUCCUUUGGAACGGUAUCAGAUCACCGAGCUGUUCUUUAGAGCGGGACUUUCGGGCGCUUGCGUCCACUCAGCCCUUGAGAAUGCCAUCGAUGAACGGCCCCCUCAUCGCGACGAGAAGCUAAUCGCCCUUUUCCUUCGCUACAACGCUGACGUGAAUUUCAAUGAGGGACACAGCAUCAUUGCAGCUGUUACGCAGAAAGACAUCCGGCUUCUUGAGAGACUGCUCCAAAGCAAACCGACGCUACAGGUAGCGGCCAAGGCAAUCCCCAGAGCAAUGGAAGUGGGCGAUGGCUCGACCCGCCUACAGAUGAUUACUAUGCUACUGGGUGCAGGAGCCUCGCAAGGCGGUGCAGAAGUGUCGGCUGCGGUAGAUGCUGCGUUGGCUAUCACUCCCAUUGAUAAACGAUUGCUGAAGACGCUCUUACAGCAGGGUAAUGCGGAUGUGAACAUCAAUGACGGUAUCGCGGUUGAGCAUGCAGUGCAGCACUCCGAUGCGGAAGUCCUAGAAGUUGUUCUAGGCCUGGGCCAGCCUGAUAGCAAAAGCCUAGAUCACGGUUUGAGGAGUGUAGUGAAGCUACCAUCAUCUGCAGUCAAAGCCGACAAACUCAAUGCUAUACUACGCCGGACGCAGUCGAAGGAGACGAUCACCGACACCCUCACCGACGAAGUGCGAACACUUCUCAAAGCUUCGCCACAAGAACGGAACUUCGCGUGCCUCAAGAUGCUGCUAGCUCAUGGAGCGGAUAUUAACGCACAUAACGCCAUGCCCCUAUGUCUAGCAGUUGCUGAAGCAAACAUGCAGCUCGUUGAGAUUCUGUUCACCGCCUCUCCAGCUCCGAUGUCCCUAGCACAUGCAAUGCCUCAUGCACUUCGCAUUCGAGACUUGAUGGGUAGGUUUACAUUCGCACAAAAGGUAAUGGAAGGUGGCAUCCCUCCUAGUGAGGUGAACAGGGCUCUUGUGUUUGCUGUCAACACAUACCCGGACGAUAUCCCGCUGAUCAAUCUUCUUCUUGCUCGUGCCGAUACUGAGGAUGGCCUGGCCUUAAUUGAAGCAAUUAAGAACGAGAAUUCAGAUAUCCUAGAGCUGAUCCUUGAUAAAAAAAGCUUUGCAGUAGACAUCCUCAACUCAGGGUUUGCACAAGCGACGAGAGGCAAGAACAAGAGGACGAGGAGCAUGUCUUGCAACAGCUUAUUGAAGGCUGGUGCAACGGGAGAAGUCGUCUCGGAUGCACUGCUUGCUGCAGCUUCCGAUGGCGAUCUGGACUUUGGCACGAUCCUGGUCCAGAAUGGCGGCAGUAUUGAACACAAGAACGGCCAGGCUAUUGUGGAAGCAUGCAAGUCAGGAGCCGCUGAAGUCUUGGGCAUGCUUCUCGCUGGUCAAACCAAAGCCACCCAGCAGACUCUCCAGAGGGGAUUUCAGGCAGCCACACAAGUGGGUUAUAUCAGGAGGCGAGCUGAGAUAUUCAAGUUGCUGUUACAGAUGGGAGUCACCGGUGAAGUGGUUGACGUUCAACUCGUUUCUGCUGUACGGUAUGGCGAUGACGGACGUGAACUUGUGAACCUCCUCCUGCUAUACGGAGCGAACCCUGAUUUCAAUGAUGGAGAUGCCGUCAUAAAGGCAGCAAGGAGCGCCGGCUUGGCCAACCUAGAGAUGCUUCUAGGCAUCAAAGAUGUCGGCGGACGUCAGAAGAAACCAUCAUCUCACACCCUGGUGCGGGGAUUGGAUGCUUGCUGGGAUCUCAGCAGAGACACAAGAUUUACCAUCAUCGACUGGAUACUCCGAGCAGGCAGACCUGUGUCCAGCGCGGUCAAUUCUGCUCUCAAUCGAGCUAUCAACGAGGAAGAGCCAGAAGAAAGACUGAUACAGCUUCUUGUUGGUCACAGAGCGUCUCCGGUGGCAAAUGGCUGUCAGACUCUGAUCGAUGCGACAAGGAAACUGUCACCUUCAGCAUUUGCCAAACUCCUCCAGUCCAGAGUCACUAGCGAGGAUGCAUCCUUAGCAUUCGGGAAGGCAUUCAUGCCAGAUGACACUGACACGUGGCUAUCCGAACGUGGACUUGAGAUUGCAAGGUGCCUGCUGGAGAACGGAGCCGCAGGAGAGGGAGUUGGGUCUGCCCUCGCCGCUGUCCUACAUCUCUACACCAAAUCCGCGAACCACGUGGCGGAGGGUUUUGUCGACCUCUUCUUGAAGCAUGGUGCGGAUAUCGACCACAAUCACGGUGAGGCUUUGCAGACCGCAGCCGCGCAAGGCCAACCAGACUUGCUCAAAAGACUAUUGAUUGUGAAGCCCAGUUCCGAAUCUCUUACUCUAGCAUUCCCUCGAAUCUUUGAUGAUGCCACAGCCUCUGAAGAUGACAUCCGAGAGCUUAUCAACCUAUUCACGGAAUACCGGGAUGGACAGAGGCAGAUGGAUGUCAUGUUCGUACACCAAGGAUCACAGCCAAUCGUCAUCAGAGCGUUAUCACAGUUUCCAAGAUCGACCGUCAUGCUCCAGGCACUUUUGGACAUUGGCUUCUACCAUGAACUGAUGACCAGAUGCCACGUCAUGGACGGUAUCGAAGAAGAUGAAGAAGUCACUCUUCUUAUGUGGGCACUAUUACAACCACAAAAGAAAAUCAGCAGCGGCGUCAUCGAUCUGCUGAUUCAUAGCGGUGCCAAGGUCAACUUUGAGACCCGCGUCUCUCGCGUAACGCCUCUGAUGCUGGCCAUACAGUCUCACCGUCCAGAUAUUGUCAGAUCCCUUCUCAUAGCUGGUGCAGAGGCCGACAUCACGGAUGCCCUGGGAAAUUCACCGCUAUCGAUGGCAUCUGCGAUUGGCGGUGAUCUAGCCGUUGGUAUGAUGUCCUAUCUACUCCCGGCAGGGGCACCUAGGAACGAUGGCUCGCUGCACAACGCAGCCCGCGAGCUCAACCUGGAAGCUAUGCGAGUUCUGGCCGAAUACAAGCACGAGCCCGACUUUCCCAGUCCAAUACACGGUGGCCGCAGUGCACUGGGUGAGCUCUGCUUACACGCGGCUGACUCAGGUGAUAUCACCACUGUCAAAGAGAAAGCCAUGGAGAAAGCCAUCACCUUUCUUCUCCAGAGCGCGACCGAUAUUUCACUUCAAUCUGAAGGGAAAUCCAUCUUGAUCCUGGCUUUGGAUUCAGUCGACCCAGUGGCCACGUCCAGAGUUCUCCUACGAGCUGACAUGUGGAAGUUCAUCAACAAACCUUUCAACCAAUAUACCGAUGGAAAGUUCACAUAUUCACCAACCAUGUACGCGCAACGCGUACUACCAGACUCGGACCACAAGCCGGAGCUCUUGAAACUGCUGCGGGCAAACCGCGGCACAGAUGUGUACUACGCCAACUCGGGUCCGCAGCCAGAGGGUGUCGUGGGCAUGCCACAGCACGUCCAGCUAGAGGAACAGGAAAGAAAAGCGCGGCUGGCCCGAAUACAAAAAGACACGGAAGACCACAUCCUCGCCAUACAGCGCAGCAGGGAGCUAGCAGCCGUGCAGGCCCAGAUCUGGGCGAACCAAGCCGAGCUCGAAGACGCGCGCAAGAAGCGCACCCACAACGCCGACCUGACCUCGAUGCAGGAGCGCGCCCGCUUCGAAGAGGAGCUCUUCAACAACGCCAUGCGCCAGCAGCGCGCGAGGCAGACGGCCGACAUCCAGCACCAGGAGGCCCUCACCAGUGCCGGCGUGACGCGCGCCCGGGCCAUCGCCGACGCCGAGCUCGCCGUCGAGGGCUCGAAGCAGGCGCGCUUGCUGGAGUGGGAGCGCGACCUGGGCAGCGAGCGCGUCGGCAACGCCAAUCAGCUUAGUAGUAUUCGGCUGCGUGAGCGCGAGGACCUUGAACGCUUGGAGAAGGCGGCUGAUGCGCGGUUUCAGAAUCGCCUGAAGGAGCAGAAGAAGCUGGUCGAUAGCCAGGGCGCGCUCGCGGCGAACCUUGGGGCGGCUGGGCCGGGGGCGCGGAGGCAGAUUGGGUUUGUUAGUGGGGAGUUGGGCCCUGAUUGA